AUGGACGAGAGUUUUGAAGACGCUGCCUUGGUUUAUGCUUUUGGAGCUACGACUGCGUUUCUGACAGAGACCUCGGCCACCAUGCACGGCGAUGCUGCUUCGCAAAUGAACGAGCUUCUUCAAUACAGCCUGGAGGCUCACAGGCGCGUCGACCUUGGCCCAGACUCAUUCAUCCGGCUAGAUGAGACCCCUCUCAUCACCAACAAGCGGAUCAUGACGUGUAUCUAUCUUGAAAUUGCCAUGAUGCCCCUCAAGUUCUAUGAUCGCAGCUUCGGCCAUCUUCGAGAAGCCAUCACCAUGAUCCAGGUCGUCCAGACACGCCAGCGUAGCGCAGAGACACUCCGGGGAGCCGACUUGGUCAUGUUUCAGAGACUCUACUGGGAGGCCUACAUUCAUGAGAGAUUCCUCACCAUUGCAUCAGGCUUUCCCAGCAUCCUCCCUCCCCUCAAGUCUGGUGUCCCGAUGCGGGAUCCAAUCAUUGCAGCGCACAUUCAAAUCGGCUUUGAUCGAAUCAUUGAGCUCUUUACCAUCCUCGACGACGUUUUCUUGUCGAAUUGGGAUGGUAGAGAAGAUAGGGCUACGCAAAUCACAGUCGACUGGAUCGAGAGCAAACAGGUGCAGCUUGACCAACAUGAAAUAAAUGCCGCGGAAUCCGAGCGCGAACUUCGUUUCAGCGGCCACGAUGGCUUCACAGAGCUACAGCACGCCGAUUUGUUCAUCACCAGGCUCUGGAUACGGACGCUGCUCUGGCAGCUCGCCCUCUCGAAGGGGUUCUUACGCUUGGCUCCCGCACAUACCCACGAGGGUCUCUCAUUACAAUUCCCCGCUCUACGCCUGACAACACAGCUUCGGAGCCUCGUCAGCCGCCUGGACAGCAUUGCUAGCAUCAGCACACAGGGCAGCGGUAUCCUCCAGAAACUGUUCGAGAUCACCAGCACCAUUGCCGACGUUCUGGCCGUGUCUGUCAACCAGCCGAGCAUGGAGAGCCACAUUGAAGAUUUCCUUUACAUAGCGCGCUUUCUCAUCAACUUUGAGCGCAUGCGCGACAAGCACAGGGUCUAUUUGCAGGAGAAGAUGGACACGCUUCGAGGGUCGUAUCCCGGACUGCCAUUUUCACCAGUCCCCUUGGGUGCUUUGUCGCAGGCUUCGUCGCCAAUGGACCAGCUAUGA